AUGGAUAGGUUUCGGGUAGAAUAUGCGAUGACGAGGAGGAGGCAGAAGGAGCUUAUUCUCCCGCCUUCGAUAUCUCUCGUUGAGGAAGACGGGGCAAGUUUGCAUACGCUUCUAGAGGAGAUUGCGGGAUUUGCGAUUGUUGAGCGGUCGACUAUGAAGAAGAUUCCCAAUCUUAGGUCUCCUGUUGAUGUGGACGAACUUUGGGAUUCCAUGUGUCAAGGUGCCGUUACUUUGAUUUCAAAGGCACUCCAUACCGUGGACAAUGCUGAAAAUAUCUUGAAAAUCAAGAAUUUGGUCGUCUUGUUCAUGCAAGCUAUGGAUACCUGGGGCUUCCCCGUUGGAGUCUUCGAUAGCUUCCUCAUAACCUUGUUUGAGAAAUAUGCUGAACUUCUCAAGAGGAGAUUCAGUGACGAUUUCCAAGAGAUUGUUUCAACCGACGACUACAUGCCGAUGCCAAUUCAAAAUAUUGAAGAAUAUGACAAAGUCCUCAAUGUUAGCUGGUAUACCCCCGAGAAACCGCGCGAGGAACAAACAUUCCCCUGUGUUUUACCAUUCUCCCAAAUGUAUCCGUUAUGUUGCAUCGAUAUCCGAAAUUUCCUAAACCAAUUCUAUUUCUUCUCCAACGACGAUUUCGAGCACCCAAGUAUGAUCGAUGAGACUUUGAAAGAGUCCCUCGACUCCCUCCUCUCCAACAAAGUCUGCGAAACCCUCGUCGAGCGCCUCGGCUCACAAUACCUAGGCCAAAUCGUUCAAAUCCUCAUAAACCUCGAGCACUUUGAAGUAGCCUGCCAGGAGCUAGAGCUCCUCCUGGCCGCCGCACGGUCACCCAACUCCAGCUCAGCGGGCGCCGCCAUAACCCUAAACGCAACGGAGAAAUUCCGCAAUAACAAGAAAGCUGCAGAAAAGCGGAUUUUCGAAGUUGUGAAUUCGAAAAUUGACGACUUGAUCGAGACGGCGGAGUAUGACUGGACGUCGCCCGUGCCGCAGCGAGAACCCAGUAAUUACAUGCAGACGCUGACGAGAUUUUUGUCGAAUAUUAUGAAUUCGACAUUGUUGGGUCUGCCCACGGAGAUUAAGGAGUUGAUUUAUUUUGACGCGUUGAGUCAUGCGGCAAAUAUGGUAUUGGCGCUCCCCCUCUCCCCUGACGUGAAAAAGAUAAAUCCAAACGGCGUCGCCGCCCUGGCUCGGGAUGUCGACUACCUAACCCAAUUCGUUGACAGCCUCGGCGUGCCCAUCCUGCGAGAGAACCUCGACGAGCUCCAGCAGACCGUCCAGCUGCUACAGGCUGAGAACACGGAUGAGUUCUACGACAUCUCCACGCGGAAUAAGAAAUAUGGGCGCGUCGAUGCGAUGAAUGGGCCGAUUUUGUUGGAGAAGCUUGUUUCAACGGUACACAGUCCGCAGAAGCAGGAUAAGUUCAGUCUGUCAACGAGGUUCGGGAUGAAGUAG